AUGGACAGCGCGCUUUACCACUCAGCGGGAAUAUUAGGCGCCCCUUCGGCUUCGGCAAGUUUAACGACCGGCGGAAACAUGAUCGCCAGCUCCAAACCUCUCGCUUUUUCGAUCGAAAGGAUUAUGGCCAGGACGCCCGAGCCAAAGUCGAUACCGUUCCCGAACUUGUUCCACGCUCCCGCGGGGAAAGCGGACCCCAAGCAGACUCCCGCCCCGCUGCACUGCAUGAUACCGCUCAUGCCGCUCGCCUGCGAGCCGUCCCAUAAACUUCACAUCACUGGAUUAGACGCCAAUCAUUCCGAUGCGUUUUCUUACAAUGCAAACGAACUCGUGAGCAUCGGUUUGAAUUACAAAAACGAGCAGCAAGACGUGACCCCGACCGUCGGACAAUACAAACUCUUUCGCCCACGCGUGGUGAACCAGUCGUCGUUCCACGCAAUGGGAGCCGCUAUGUGUUACCUGAACUGCGGGGAAAGUGCGUGUCCGCCUCACGCGGGUCUGGUCAACCUUCACCCCAUGGCUUCGUAUCUCCUCAACAACCCACUCCACGCGCGCCAGAAGGGCCUCUUUUCCGCGGAGAAGGGUAAGGGGAGCAAUGCCGUGGACAGGUACCCUCCUCACGUGUCCUUCAAGGAGCUUUCUCAGACUCAUCUGCACCAUUACAUGAAGGAGAGCGCGCAGAUCCUGUCGGAGAAACUGUUCAAGAACUCAGGCAAAUUAAACAGCGGCUCUCCUCAAACCAAACCAAAGGUGUUCACGUGUGAAGUUUGCGGCAAGGUGUUCAACGCACACUAUAAUUUAACGCGUCACAUGCCGGUUCACACGGGCGCCAGACCGUUCGUGUGCAAAGUGUGCGGCAAAGGCUUCAGACAAGCGAGCACUCUUUGUCGCCAUAAAAUCAUCCAUACUCAGGAAAAACCGCAUAAAUGCAACCAAUGUGGCAAAGCUUUUAACCGAAGUUCAACUCUCAACACCCACACACGAAUUCACGCGGGCUACAAACCUUUCAUUUGUGAAUUUUGCGGCAAAGGAUUUCAUCAGAAAGGUAACUACAAGAACCACAAACUGACUCACAGCGGAGAAAAACAGUUCAAGUGCAAUAUCUGCAACAAAGCCUUCCACCAGGUGUACAACCUCACGUUUCACAUGCACACGCACAACGACAAGAAACCUUUCACCUGUCCUACAUGCGGCAAAGGUUUCUGCAGGAACUUUGAUCUUAAAAAACACAUUAGGAAACUGCACGAUAUUUCCCCAGCAUCCCAUUCACCGCCAACACCCAAUGGAACCCCGGAGGGUCAGUGA